AUGAACUCAAAACGAAGUCUUGCUGCCGUGUUUAGUUGCAUUUUUUCUUUCUCUUUUUCAAUGCUUCUCCCAUUUCCGUUUCUCUCGGCUUCCUUUCUUUCCUUUCAGUUGUUUCUUACCAUUUUCAUAGUUGUACUUUCGUUCAAUUUUCCCGGCUUUUUAUUACUUUUUAUUUUGACUUCUGUCAUUAUUGCUUCUCUUUCUUUUCUCCCACGAUUCCUUCUUUCUUUUCUUUUUCUUUUUCCUAGCUCACUUCGGUUUGUUCCUAUUACAUUCCUCUUUCUCUUUGUCUCCUUCUUUUUUUCUGUCUCUUUAUUGUUUCUCUCAUAUUUUAUACAUUCAUUUCUUUAUUCCUUCUUUUCUGUUGCUUCUAUUGUUUCUUUCUUUUUUCAUUUCGAUUAUAUUUCAUAUUCUGUUGCUAAUUUUCUUUCUUUCUUCCGUGUUUCUUUCAUUCUUUCUUAA